UAUUACAAUGGUUUGCUUAGUUUUUAGUGUCGCAAGAUCAAAAUUUAAAAGCCGAAAGACUUAAAAAUAAAUUAAAGUAAAGAAAAAGACCACACUAAAAAUGAAAGCAACAAAGUGUAAAAGUGUUUUGCGCCUCUGCCCCCCAAAGUAUAGCGAAAGCAUAAAUCUAUAGGCCCAAACCAAAUGCUCUAACCAAAGACCGCGCUCCCGACGAACCCCGGCGAACACUAAAUCAACCACGGUGUGGUCAUUUCUGUACCGGUGCGCCGCUGCAGCUCCUGGUGCCGGCAUGGGCGCCAACGUCUCGCAGCUGGAGCGGGAGAUCGGCUCCGACCUGUUCCCGCCAAACGAACACUACUUCGGGCUGGUGAACUUCGGGAACACCUGCUACAGCAACUCGGUGCUGCAGGCCCUAUACUUCUGCAAGCCCUUCCGCGAAAAGGUGCUCGAGUACAAGGCCAAGAACAAGCGGCCCAAGGAGACGCUGCUCUCCUGUCUGGCGGAUCUCUUCUACAGCAUCGCCACCCAGAAGAAGAAGGUCGGCUCUAUAGCACCUAAGAAGUUCAUCACGCGGCUGCGCAAGGAGAAGGAGGAGUUUGACAACUAUAUGCAGCAGGACGCCCAUGAGUUUCUCAACUUUCUGAUCAAUCACAUCAACGAAAUCAUCCUGGCAGAACGAAACUCAGGUCCCGGAAACGGAAACACCAAGGCGAGUGGAAGCCAUGGAGGAGGUCAACCCAGUGCCAUGGCUAGCAGCAUAGCCAGCAAGUCCAGCUCCACCUCUAACUCAAAUUCAAACUCCAACUCUACGUCGAACUCCAACGGGAACAGCAGCAACUCCACGGGAUCGCUGAAUGCCACUACGAGUGUGCUAGAUGCCACUGGAAGUCUCACGGCCACCACAACGCCCGUGACCACUGGGAGCGGCGCUAACGGGACCAACGGGGCCAACUCAGAGCCCACCUGGGUGCACGAGAUCUUUCAGGGCAUACUCACGUCGGAGACAAGGUGCCUCAACUGCGAGACGGUGAGCAGCAAGGAUGAAAACUUUUUCGACCUGCAGGUGGACGUGGACCAGAACACUUCGAUCACGCACUGCCUGCGGUGCUUCAGCAACACGGAGACCCUGUGCUCGGACAACAAGUUCAAGUGCGACAACUGCUGCAGCUACCAGGAGGCACAGAAGCGGAUGCGGGUUAAGAAGCUGCCUAUGAUACUGGCCCUGCACCUGAAGCGAUUCAAGUACAUGGAGCAAUUCAACAGGCACAUUAAGGUUUCUCACAGGGUUGUCUUUCCGCUGGAACUGCGGCUCUUCAACACGUCCGAUGAUGCUGUGAAUCCCGACAGGCUCUACGACCUCACAGCCGUGGUCAUUCACUGCGGAUCGGGACCGAAUCGAGGCCACUACAUUAGUAUUGUGAAGAGCCACGGUCUGUGGCUGCUUUUCGACGACGACAUGGUGGACAAGAUUGAGGCUUCCACCAUUGAGGACUUCUACGGCCUCACCUCGGACAUCCACAAAUCCUCGGAGACGGGUUACAUACUGUUCUAUCAGUCGCGGGACUGUGCCUAGGCCACCCGAUACCCUCAUGUUGACUCGUCUUUGUAGAAGCUAAGCUAAUAGUGGUCAGUUUCCUGAACGAAUGAUUGUUAGAGCUAAGCCAAUAUUUUAUGUCGUUUACUAUCUAUCCAAUCCUAUACUAUGCUGAUAAUCAAUAAAGAUGAUAAAUAAUUCA